AUGGAUCCGAAAGUCCGUCUUUCUGGCGUUCUCCUGGUUGUCGCGCUGGCCUUCAUCGCUCUCUCCCCCCAGGUCACCCUCCUCUCCCAGUCACCCUCCUCUCCCACCCUCCUCCCCCAGUCACCCUCCUCUCCCACCCUCCUCCCCCAGUCACCCUCCUCCCCCAGUCACCCUCCUCCCCCAGUCACCCUCCUCCCCCAGCCACCCUCCUCCCCCAGUCAUCAAAUCCGAUCUUCCAAGGAUGUGAUCGGGCAGGUGGUGGAGUUUGAAGCAGAGGAAAUUGAAGCCCUGGAGGGCGGCAAUGCUCGUCCACAUGCGGCUGGUCUUGAGAGCGGCGACGCGCGUCCACAUGCGACUGCCUUGGAGGGGAGUGAAAGGGGAGGUGGAGAGGAGGGGGUUACAGAGGGCAGGCAGCAAGAGGAGGAGCGCAGUUGGUGGAGGUGGGAUGUGGGGAAGGGCGAACUAGUGUGGAGGGAGGGGCCAGAGGGGUUGGCUGACGGGCAGGAAACACUUUUGUGGCUGCCCGAGAUCGUGUACGAGGAUUUGGAGCUCAUGGACCUGAGAUAUUUCCAGGGUCUGCACUGCCCGGCUCCUGCCUGCCCCUCCUUCGCUCGCUGCCGCACUGGCCGCAGGCAGGCAGGCAGGGUACUGGCGUGCACUGGACACGACCCUUUAUUGAGUGAUCCGUUAUCACGCAACAACGGUGGUGCAUCCAGUCAGACAGCUUCAACGGACGCGUCAGGGACAUCAUCUGUCGGCGCGUCAGGGUCGGACUCGAUGGCCACCGUAGGCUCGGCGUCUGCGGCGGGCUUAGGCUCGGCGUCAGUAGACGCGUCUCCUCUUGUGGACCCCUCCCCUGUGCUCACCUCGCCUCCCCCCAACCACGUGAAGGACAAUGCGACCUAUGAUGUGGCUGUUGCCGAGCCGUUUGCUGCACAGGUGUUCCUUCUAGAGAACGUCUUCAUCAACGACCGGGGCAUGGUGUUUGAUGCCAUGUACCACUACCGCCAUGGGCUGCUGUGCAGGUCCUGUCCCCUCGACUUUGGCCUAUACACUGGGAAUGAAACCAAGGUGCACGUGUACAGUGAGCUGCUCUCAUUGGCCAACUGGAAUGGCGGGAACUUCUACCAUUCGCUGCUCGAGGUCAUGCCGUCCCUUCUCUACCUGCGGCCAUUCUUGGAAGCAAAGCCGGGCAUUCCCAUUCCAGUCAAGAUUGACCAGGUUAGGAAUUCCCGUCUUUUACCAUUCGCUGCUCGAGGUCAUGCCCUCGCUGCUCUACCUGCGACCGACCAGGACAAGCACGCUCGCCUCUUCUCACUCAUCAACGCGGACUGUGGGGCGAACACACAUAUUGGAGAAACUGCAGGCAUUCUUUCCAAGAGAGAGUAUUGUGGUGAGAUGGAGGAGUAUUGUGGUGAGAUGGAGGAGUAUUGUGGUGAGAUGGAGGAGUAUUGUGGUGAGAUGGAGGAGUAUUGUGGUGAGAUGGAGGAGUAUUGUGGUGAGAUGGAGGAGUAUUGUGGUGAGAUGGAGGAGUAUUGUGGUGAGAUGGAGGAGUAUUGUGGUGAGAUGGAGGAGUAUUGUGGUGAGAUGGAGGAGUAUUGUGGUGAGAUGGAGGAGUAUUGUGGUGAGUGA